AUGGAGGCAGACUUGAUGAGCCUCGGCUUUGACUUCUACUUGCAGCCACCGCCUUGCUUCUUCGACGACGAGCCCCAGGACCUAGGCGUCGUCGACAGCAUCAUGUACGUGCCGAACGAGGCUGAGUCAAUUACCACCGGCCAGUACCUCUCCUGCGGUGAGGACUCGAGCUCGCCUGACGGCGCCAAAUCCUGCUUAACGCAGCAGGCGGUGGCGUCAUCACCGUCGUCGCCGCCGCCGCCACCGGAAGCGGCGACGACCAAAAACGUAGUCUGGGAGAGGAACCGCCGCAGGAAGCUCAACGAGAAGCUCUACGCGCUCCGCAGCGUCGUCCCAAACAUCACCAAGAUGGACAAGUCGACCAUCAUCAGGGACGCCAUCGCCUAUAUCGAGCAGCUGCAGGAGCAGGAGCGCCGGAUGCUCGCCGAGAUAUCCGCUCUCCGCUCCUCUGACGACACCACCGCUGGUGCCGCCGUCGAGACGGAGGAUGCCGCGAUCGGCCAGGCAACGAACGACUGUGGCGACGACAGCAACCCGUGGAGGAAAAGGAUGAGAAUGGCGGCGUCCGACGAUGGCCUUCCCCUUUCCAUCGACACCUCACCGCCACUCCAGAUCCUCGAGGUGCAGGUGUCGGAGGCGGCAGGGGAGAAGGUGGCGGUGGUGAGGCUCCGGUGCAGCAGAGCAAGGGACGCCGUCGGCAAGAUUUGCCGGGCGCUGGAGCCGCUGCGCCUCGGGGUCGUCACAGCCAGCAUCGCUGCCGCCGGCGACACCAUCGUCCACACCAUGUUCGUCGAGAUUGAAGAAAUGGGUGGUGCUCAAUUAAAAGCGACAAUAGAGGCUGCUCUUGUACAGCUCGAUGUGCCCAGAUGUCCACUCAAGACCACGAGCAAUUGGGAGGAUUGA